AUGGCUCAGGAACGUGCUCCUCUCCGUCUCGGCUCCGUUGCCCCCAACUUCGAGGCCGACUCCUCCAACGGUCCUAUCACUUUCCACGACUACAUCGGCAACAGCUGGGCUAUUCUCUUCUCCCACCCCGAUGACUUCACUCCCAUUUGCACCACUGAGCUCGGUGCUUUCGCCAAGCUCGAGCCCGAGUUCACUGCUCGUGGCGUCAAGCUCAUCGGUCUGAGCGCCAACGGCACCGAGUCCCACCACGCCUGGAUCAAGGAUAUCGAUGAGGUCAACGGCUCGAACCUCAAGUUCCCCAUCAUCUCCGACCCCGAGCGCAAGGUUGCCUACCUGUACGACAUGGUCGACUACCAGGACACCACCAACGUUGAUGCCAAGGGCAUGGCUCUCACCAUCCGCUCCGUCUUCAUCAUCGACCCCAGCAAGAAGAUCCGUCUGAUCAUGUCCUACCCCGCCUCCACUGGUCGUAACACCGCCGAGGUUCUCCGUGUUGUCGACGCUCUGCAGACCACUGACAAGCACGGUGUCACCUGCCCCAUCAACUGGCUCCCUGGUGACGACGUUGUCAUCCCCCCUCCCGUCUCCACUGAGGACGCUCAGAAGAAGUUCGGCGACAUCCGCAUUGUCAAGCCAAUGAGGUGCAUCGGCGUGUUCUUUAAUCGUCGUCGCAAGCCUUUGACUGUCAAACAGGAUAUUCCACCCCCAGAAGCAAAGCUGGAUGAUCCCUCUGCGCCAGGCGCUCAACCUGGACAUCAAGCGCCACCGUCCAACUCGGGUCCCAUCAAUCUGUCAGGUCUGGUGUGCAAUGUGCGCCGAACAACUGGCAGGGAACCGCAUCCGUUGGUCGGGGCAACCACGACUAUCCUGGGCGAUAAGCUCUACGUGUUCGGUGGUCGUGUUCUGUCUAAAAGUCGCCCGCAAUUGACGUCGGACAUAUACGAGCUGGACUUGAUCCGGCGUCACUGGACGAAGAUCGAGACCACCGGCGAUAUCCCCCGCCCGCGGUACUUUCACAGUGUCUGCGCUCUGGGUGAUCACAAGUUGGUGUGCUAUGGCGGCAUGUCGCCCGCACUGAACGUAUCAAAGGAGCCGGCCAGUAAUGGCUCAGGUGGACAGGAAGCACAGCCAGAAGUGGUGGUCAUGUCUGAUAUCCAUAUCUUCGAUGUACCAUCUCGGACGUGGACCCGUGUGCCUGCCACAGACUCGCCACAGGGACGCUAUGCGCACUGCGCGACCAUUUUGCCUUCGAGCGCCCAUUUCACCUCCGCCACUGCUCCACUCUCUGCAAUCCAUCACAAUCCCGCCUCGUCAAAUCCGCACCAGGGAUCGAUUGGGGUGGAUAUCGACGGGUUUGGAGGAGCGGAGAUGGUGGUCGUAGGAGGGCAAGAUAGCUCAAACCACUACAUCGAACAAAUUAGUGUGUUCAACCUACGGAGCCUCAAGUGGACCAGUACCACUCACCUGGGGCGAAGCUGCGGUGCCUACCGAAGUGUGGUCGCUCCCUUGGUAGGCAUGAAUGUUUCCGACAUUGGGUCUGCCGCAGACGAUGGGGAGGCACAGGAGCCGUUGGAAGAGUCGCAGGUCGAGGGGUGUCCGAUGUUGGUCUAUUCUAAUUACAACUUCCUGGAUGUGAAGCUGGAGCUCCAGGUGCGCCUCCCAGAUGGCCGCCUGAUCGAGAAGCCCAUGCAGAGCCAGGCGUCGCCUCCUGGCUUGAGGUUCCCCAACGGAGGAGUCAUCAACGGUCAUUUUGUCGUGAGCGGAACCUACCUGACCUCGUCGAAGCAAGAAUAUGCGCUUUGGGCCCUCGACCUGAGAACCCUUACCUGGGGUCGGAUCGAUGCCGGCGGGUCUGUGUUCGGCCAUGGCAGCUGGAACCGUGGAAUUUUGUGGCCAAGAAGAAACACUUUUGUCAUUCUGGGCCACCGGAAGCGCAGCUUGGUUGAGGACUACAACCAUCGUCGCAUCAACUUCUCCCACGUAUGUAUGGUCGAGUUGGAAGCGUUUGGGCUCUACAACAACGCGUGCCGGACCACGCCCACAUCGGGAUACAUCUCGUACAGUUCUCCGGCAGUCCCUGCAUCCAUGCAGCACAAAUUGACCAAGUUGACCUCCGGCGGAAGGCCGUUCACCUCCGCGUCUGACGAGCUAGGCAGACUUGCCCAGUCUCUGCCUGAAAUGGCCGAUAUGGAGCUGCAGGCAGUCGGAGGUGAGCGCAUCCCGGUGAACUCACGCAUCCUGACUCGCAGAUGGGGUCCUUAUUUCAUCCAGCUUCUACGCGAGUCUUGUGAUAGCGGGAUCGCCGAGACUGCCACACUACGUCCAGCGGUUGCCAUGUAUCCCAGUCGCAACUCGAGCAUCACCAUCACCCCGUCACUGGGGCAAAACAGCACGUAUUCCAAUUCCAGCACUCUUGUCAGCAACCGCUCAGUCACCUCAAAGUCCUUGUUAGCGAACCUUGAGAUACCCUCUGCGCAUAGCCUUUCCCCUACCUCUCGUCCUCGUGUGCUUUACCUCCCCCAUACCGUCCUCACUCUUCAAGUUCUUGUCUACUAUUUCUACACCUCGUCUCUCCCCCCCGCCGGCUCACCCCUCUGCACCCCACAAAUCCUUUGCUCCCUUCUCCAACUCGCCCGUCCCUACCAAGUCGACGGCCUCCUCGAAGCCACCGUCGAACGCCUCCACCAAGUUCUCGACGGAAGAAACGCCGCUGCCGUCUUCAACGCUGCCGCAAUGGCCGCCGGCGGUGGCCGAGGCACCGGCUUCACAAGUGGCCCCGGCGGCACCCUGGAGGCGCUGAACGGCGCCCACGCCGGCCACGAAUCCUCUUCCGGUACCGGAACCACCACCUCCCAGAGCCACCUCACCUCCGAUUCCUCCGACACCGAACACGGCACCUCCGCCCUCUCCGUUGCCAGCAGCGCCAGCGGCGUCAUGGGCUCGCGCGGCAUCCCCCUCCGCAUCAACACCAACAUCUUCAGCCGCCGGCACCGCAGCAACGCCGGCGUAGACCGGGACCGCGAGGACUCCAUGAGCAAUGCCAGCAUUUCCACCUCAGCCUCCACCAACACCAGCUUCGACCACUCCGAUUCCGAAAUGGGCGGCGACCCGACCCGUCCGUCCCACCACCGCCGCAACACCGACGCAGAACUCCGUCCCGAACGCGAGAUCUGGACCGGAGACCUCAGCAGCGUCAUCGGUCUUCAGAAGCGCGGUCUCCGCGGUCUCAUGGAAGGUCGGAGGCUCCGGGAACGCAACACUAAACCUGCUGGCGCAGCCGAUCAUCUGUUCGAGAGUGGUUUCGGAAAAGGAGCGACGAGUUUUACCUGGGGGGCCACUGUUCGAGUAGUAGUCCAUGUUGAGGAAGGCCUUGUGCGGGGCCAUGUCGGGCGUGGGUUGUACGACGAUAGCAAGUGUCGGCGUUUGAGAACUGCCGGUACCGGGUCCGGCAGCGUCAGCGUUGUGAUGGGCAUUGGUGUUGAUGUUGGCGUCGAAGUUACUGGUGUAGUCGAUUCCGCGCAGGUCUAUGCGUUCAAGGAGGUCCAUUUCGUCGUGUAA